UAAAAUGAAAAAUAAUGUAUAAUUCAAUUUAUUAAUAACUCAAAUGUUAAUGACAAAAGUCAAUAAUUGGAAUAAAUUACCAGGCUUCCAAUUUUGAGUUGACCAGAAUGUAUUAACGCAGAAGAGGGGUAAACGGUAGUGAACAGCUGACAAACAGAUGGCUCGUCGUUCAUGUUGCUCAAAAACUUGUUGCUUCUUCAUUUCAAGGACUUUCAAGCUUUCAAAAGUUUUGACUUUCCAGUUCAGAGUUCAAUAUUUAUUUGGACAGACAGCCGACAGAGUGAUGUUUUGGUGUUAUAGGUUAGGUAGUAAAUAUCUUUAGAUCUUUAGUAGGUUACAUUAGUUUGUUAUUAAAUGAUUCAUAGAAAACUGUUAAAUGUACUUGGCUAUUUAGUUAUCAAUUAAUGAUGUUUCGCUUUAUGGUGUCGCUUUGCCGACAAAACAUUUAUUUUAUUGUAGGAGUGAUACUAGGUUUGGGUCUUAGUCUUCUCUUAACACCACUAAUUGACAAUGAUUGUCUAUUUUCAAUACAAUUUAGUAGUGAAGACAGGCAGAUACUAAGAGUUCACAAGAAUGACGACUAUGAGCCUAGAAUUAAUUUGGCAGGAAAACCGCAAAAAGCCCAAAAAACUCCUCAAACUCUAAUAAGACCACGAUAUUUUUCUACAGAGCUUGGAAUUAAGGAUAAACUAUUUAUUGGUGUUCUGACCAAGUCUGAGACUAUCAGCUCGCAUGCUGUAGCAUUGAACAAAACUGUGGCGCAUUUAGUGGACAAAGUAAUGUAUUUUAUUGAUGCACCUUCUGCCCAAAGAUUGAAUGUUUCGUCUCUAAAACUGCCUGGGAUUGUUGGUUUUACAGACACCCGUGAUAUUCUAAAGCCAUUCCAUUUGUUAAAAUACUUAACAGAUAACUUUCUUGAAGAAUAUGAUUAUUUUUUCAUAACAAAAGAUACAACUUACAUUCGGGCAAGGAAUCUGUACGAUUUUGUUAAGAAAGUUAGUGUUAGUGAAGAAGUAUAUGCAGGGACUGAGACAGCUGAACAAUCUGGAUUUUGUUCCUUGGAUGCUGGGAUUCUUCUCAGCAACUCGGUUUUGAAGAAGAUUCAAAAGAACUUGGAAUGGUGUGUCAAAAGUGCUUACUCAGAUAGUGAUUCCGAUAACAUUGGUAGAUGUGUACUCCACGCCACCAAAAUACCAUGUCAUAACAUAGUUCAGGGCCAGUUGAUAAGCAGCUUUCAUUUGUCAAACAUCAACAUAGAUGUUGAUGAUAAGGAACUUUUGAAGAAUCAACAUUUCGAAGAAUCUCUAACUUUUUAUCCUGUGAGGGAGCCAACAAGUUUCUACAAGCUUCAUCUGUACUUCUGUAAGAUAGCGAUGAUGCAUGAGAAACUAGAAAUUUCGAACCUGCGGCGUUCUCUGGUGAAUAUGUCUCACGUGGCGCCUGGUGGCAGAGAGAGUGUAACGUGGCCAGUUGGCAGCCAACCGGGGAAUAAGCCGGUCAACCGGUUCGAUGUGCUACGCUGGGACUACUUCACUCAAACCCAUAUGUACCUGGCCAACGACUUUACUAACAUCAGACCCCUCACUGGCGCCGAGAAAAUUGAUGUUCAGUACGUGUUGAAUUCGAGUAUAUCUCAUUUAGAAGAUAAAUACGAUGGACAGAUUCAUUACAGACGACUUGUCAACGGCUAUCGGAGGUUCGAUCCCUCUAGAGGAAUGGAUUACAUUCUAGAUCUGGCUUUCAAAGAUUCUACGAAUGGCAAAGAAGUACAUAAGAGAGUUGAAAUUUGCAAGCCGCUUGGAAAAGUUGAAUUACUUCCCAUUCCCUAUGUAACCGAAAAUACUAGAGUGAAUUUUAUUCUCCCAGUGGACGCUGCACAUAAGAAUGAAGCUGUCAAAUUCAUUCAACAAUAUACAAAAGUGUGUAUGGAGAAAAAGGACAAAACUUUCCUCAUGCUUGUAUUUCUGUACGAUGCGAAUGUGCCAGGCAAAGGCCAUUCGGCUGAUAUUUUCAAAGAAAUAAAGGAGAACGCAGUCGCCCUGAGUAACAGAUUCCAGAAAGAUGGAAGCAAGAUAGCGUGGCUGUCGAUCAAGUUGCCUUCUCUGUCCAACCAGUACACUUCUGUCCACCGAGCGUUGCUUGACUUUGCAAUAGCUGACCUAGCGCUCAAGAAGUUCCCUCCCGAGUCGUUGAUGCUCUUCUGCCAGACCAACAUGGACAUCAAGCAGGACUACCUCAAUCGAGUAAGAAUGAAUACGAUAAUCGAGUGGCAAAUAUUCAGUCCGGUGCCCUACUCUGAGUUCAACCCGGCCAUUGUGUAUGGACCUGAGACGGCGCGACCAGCCGAGCUUGACAUCAACAAAAAUGUCGGACACUUCGACAGUCGCAACACAAAACAUAUUUCAUUCUACAAUCAGGACUACGCUGCAGCCCGUAAAGCCUUGGAGAAAACAAUUCCUUUAGUGAAGAACGACAAGGAUAUACUGAACCUGUUUCAGAAUCAGGCUACGAAUUUGACACACUAUGCGGUUCACACACUCUACUCUAUGUUCGUUCGAAACAGCAAUGUUCACGUGCUGCGUGGUGUUGAGCCCAGUUUGAGACUGAGAUACGAGGACAGAAGCUGUGUGAUGGACGACAAGUCAACAGCUAGUGCCACCUCAACCGGCCUCUAUGAGCAUUGCAUGCUGGCUCGCUCCCUCAACCUGGGCACCAGGAGUCAGCUGGCCAAGUUGAUCCUCGACUAUAAAGUGGCCACCAAUCACAUCAAACGGUGAUCUUUCGUCAGAUCUGAAUAGUAAUAUUGAUAGUCAUUGGCUCGGUUGUAGAAAAGUCUGUUAAAUUUGAACGAAGAUUGAAUUAUAAUUUAACGGUGAUUAAUUGUAAUGAACUAAUCAGAGAAGACAGGGACUCAGUUCCUCGCGAUAUCAGU